AUGCGAGCUGGUGCAACUGGCAGACCAAAAACAAAAAGAACAAAUUGUGUACAACGUCGUAUUACUACUCUUGCUGAUCAUUAUUCAAAUGAUGAAAUCAAUUUAGGAGAAUAUUUAGAGGGUUUAUCUGAACAAUUAAUAUGUAUUGGUCUCUUUGGUCGACAUAUAAUUGAUUAUGCUUUACCAUUAUUAAUACGUUUAUUAAUUGAUCGAACACGAAAAUUAUAUAAUAUGAUGAAUAAUAAUUCAUCAAAUAUCAAUACAAAUAUUUUAGAUCGAAUAAAUGAUGAUUUACAUUGGUUAUUAUUAAUAUGUGGUCAUGUGUUAACAGAAGAAUAUGAUUCUGAUGAACAAAAAACAAUACCUGAAGCUGUCAUGAAUUUUUCCAAUGAACAAGUUAAAUAUUGUGAUUUAAAUAAAUGUGUUCAAAUAGCUCAACAUAUUCUUCAACAAUCACAAUUAGAUUUAAGUGAUGAAAUAAUGCAUGGCGUUAGUCCUGUUACACAAUGUUUAGUAGCUGUAUUAAAAUUAUCUGAAACUGAACGACAUUUAUGUAAUAAAGGACAAUUUGAAUAUAUUAGUGUUCAAGUUGCUGUUAGUCUUACUUGGUUUAUUCGACGAUUAGCUGCAAAUUAUUUAGGUUUUGAUGAACAAUCAUAUAAAGAUGUUAGUCAAACAUUAUCAGUAUUACUUGGCAAAGGAAGUGAAAUGUUAGAAUUUUUAACAAAUUAUUUUCUAUCAAAAGUUGUAACAAAUUUACAAAUGUGGGCAUCUGAAAGUGAUGUUAUUAAAGAAACAGCCGAUCUAUUUGUAACAUUAUCAAUAAAAAAAGAUUCAUCAUCAAUAAUAAUAAAAAAUGAUUUAUUUUGGACAUUAGCAAAUAAUGUUAUAACAAAUCAAAUGCCAAUACAAUUAAUUAAUGAAGAAUAUAAACGUUUAUUAAUAAAAGGUAUAACAUGUUCAUGUUUAAAUAAUUCAUCGGAUGAAUAUCGUUUACAUUUUGAUCGUUCAAUAUUUCAAAUUCUUAAUCAACGUUUACAUUCAAUUGUUGAAUCAAUUCAUACAUUACUUGAACAAAUUAAAUUAAAUAAUAAUAAUAAAAUUCAUUGCACCAAUGCAUUACAAACAUUUUAUAGUGAAAAUGUUUUAAGUCAAAUAAGUACAUUAAUUAAUUCAUAUUGUGGAUUAAUUGAAGGUGGUUCACGUUGUUCAUCAGAACAAAUAACAUAUUUAUUUGAACAUAGUCAACAAACAUUGCAAUAUAUACUUGAUUUAUUUGAUUUUUAUCAUAAUUAUUGUGAUCAAGUACAAAUUAUACUUGAAUUAUUUUCCUUAUAUGCUGAACAUGUUUUGAUAUUUACGAAAUGUAAUUAUGGAAAAAAGACAAAAGAAAUUAAUGCCGACGAAGAUUUUAAUGCACAUAUUUAUACGUUAUUGAAUUGUUUAAAUCAUCUAUUGGCAAAAGAUUUCAUCGAUUUUUCGAAUGACAAUUCAGCAAAUACAGAAGUUAAUGUUGGUGAUGUUGUUCUAUAUGGCUUAAUUAUUUGUUUACCAUUAAUUCAAUCAGAUAAUUUAUUAAAAAUACCUUCUAUUAGUUCAUGUUAUUAUAAACUUGUAUCAUCAUUAUGUGAACAACAUUCUGAAUGUAUAUUUCGUUUACUUAAUCCAGAUCAAUAUUCAAUAUUUUUAUCAACAAUAAAAUUAGGUCUUGACAAUUAUGAUAAUGAGAUAUGUAAAAUGUGUUUAGAAACAAUUCAAAAUUUAACAUUAUAUACAAUGAAACAACAAAAAUUAAAUCAAACUAAUGAAAAAACAAAAUAUUUAGAACAUUUUCUUGAUUAUCUUUUACAAGAAAUUGUUAUAACAACAACAACAUUAUCAGAUUUAUUUGAUACAUUAGCUGGAACAAUAUAUACUUUAAUAUGCGCAUAUCCAAAUCAAUUCUAUCAUAUUCUUGGACAAAUGAAGCAAUAUGAUGAAAAUUUAUCAAUAAUAAUUGAUAAAUUAGCAAAUGAUAUUGGACAAAAACCCGAUUAUAAUCGUAAAGCUAAAAUAUCGUUUACAGUUAAAUUUGAAUCAUUUGUUACAAAUCUUAGACGAAUUAUGAAAAAAUGA